AUGGAUCGCAGGUCCCGGGCUCAGCAGUGGCGCCGAGCUCGCCAUAAUUACAACGACCUGUGCCCGCCCAUAGGCCGCCGGGCCGCCACCGCGCUCCUCUGGCUCUCCUGCUCCAUCGCGCUCCUCCGCGCCCUAGCCUCUUCCAACGCCCGUGCCCAGCAGCGUGCUGCCCAGCGUCGGAGCUUCCUUAACGCCCACCCCCCCUCCGCCGCUGCCGCUGCCGCCGCUGCGCAGGUUCUCCCCGAGUCCCCCGAAUCCGAGUCUGAUCAGGAGCUCGAGGGGGCACGAGCUGAGCUGCCCCCUGUGCUAGCCCGCCCCGAGUGCCUAGAUUACGACGACAUCGAGUCUGAGACCGAGUCCGAGUCUGAGACCGAGUCCGAGACCGAGACGGAGACCGAGACUGAGACUGAGACCGAGUCUGACAUCGAGUCCGAGACCGAGACUGAGACGGAGACCGAGUCUGACACCGCCCCCGCAACUGAGCCGGAGACCGAGCCCGAGGACGAGCGCGGCCCCCGGGGCGCCACCUUCAACCAGUCUCUCACCCAGCGUCUGCACGCUCUGAAGUUGCAGAGCGCCGACGCCUCCCCGCGGCGUGCGCAGCCCACCACUCAGGAGAGCGAGAGCGACAGCGAGGGGGAGGAGCCCCAGCGCGGGCCCUUAGAUCAGGAUCCUCGGGACCCCGAGGAGUCAGACUCAGACGAGCGCCAGGAGGAGGCGAGGCAGCCCCGCCGCUGCAAGACCAGGAGGCUCGCCCGCCGCCGCCGCGACCAGUCCCCGGAGUCCCCUCCCAGAAAGGGGCCCAUCCCCAUCCGGCGUCACUAA